GUCCGCAUCGGCGAGCUCGGCGAGCAGCUCGCGGUCUUUCAAGCGCCCGAGCGCACUCGGGCCACAGCCGCCGACGUCGACAUGGGCGCGCGCGCCCUCGGGGGCAAGAUCGAGGCGCUGCGGGCCGCAGUGGCCGAGGCGCGGAGUUUGGGCGCUCUGGCCGAAGGGGCGGCGCGGGGGAGUCAGGGGGUCGCGAACGAGCACUUCAGGGGUGCGCGCGACCCCGAUUCAGGCGCGCCAGAGGUCAAGGCGGCGCGGCAGGCGCGCCAGGAUGAGGGCGCUCAGUUCUGGGACCCCGUCGUCGACGAG